ACCCUCAAAAACCCCAUCCCAUUCUCUCUUUCGCGGGGAGAUGCAGCGCCAGAGAUCCAUACUGAGCUUCCUCCAAAGGCCCUCUCCGGAUCUCCAUGGCGGCAAAGGAGGAGCAGCAGAGAAGCGCUUUGCCAGGGCGGUUUUCCUGCCAAGGAGCUCUUUCCGGAGGUCAGAGGAACGGAUACCCCGCCGGAGAAGCUCCGGAGGCCGUUCAUCUUGGGUGGAGAUCAGGCACCGGCCGCCGAUGGUAGCCGUCAACCUCGAUCAAUUGAUAGCAUUAUGCACAAGUUCUCCCGGGAAGAUCGAUCACGAAUCUCUGAUAUGGGGAACCUGGAUGAAAGUGAUUCUGCCACUUUACAUACUAGAUCAAACAAUGGAAAACGGGAAAAUUUGACCUCUAAUCCUCAAGUACCUUGUGACCCAAUGCUUAUUGAACACAUCAGAAGUGACUUUCUACUUCAAGAAAUGGAAUCAGAUAUUCCUGGCCCAGAAACCCCAGUUAUGAGGCCAUUGUUUCCUCGUUUGAAGCGGAUACAUGAGGAACCUUGCCAUUUGGAGUGUAUUAGUGAUUCUCCUCCUUUGAGCUCUAGUAAAAGGGUAAAAUCAAUUCUUGAUGAAGGGCUUGGAAAAGGGACUCAUGUCAACAUUGUGGACCUCCAAGGCAACAGGUCAAAAUUGAUCACCACUUCCUCUGCAAAUCCUGUUGACAGUCAUUGUAAUCGUGAUUCUCUCAUCUUGAGCUCUCAGAAAAGGUUGAAGGCAUCUGGAAAUUUGGGUACAGGAAAAGAAACCUCAGCUGACGUAUCUGAGGCUGUAAACAGUAAGUUUGAAUGGCUCAACCCUUCCUCUAUUAGAGAUGCAAAUAGAAGACGGCCGAAUGACCCACUCUUUGACAAAAGAACCUUGUACAUACCACCUGAUGAAAUGAAGAAAAUGUCAGCAUCUCAAAAACAGUAUUGGACUGUGAAAUGCCAAUAUAUGGAUAUUGUCCUCUUCUUUAAAGUUGGAAAAUUUUAUGAACUGUAUGAGCUUGAUGCUGAGAUUGGUCAGAAAGAGCUUGACUGGAAAAUGACAGUUAGUGGUGUUGGGAAAUGCAGACAGGUUGGUAUUUCUGAAGCUGGUAUUGAUGAUGCUGUUGGAAAGCUCACGGCUAGAGGGUAUAAAGUUGGACGAAUGGAACAGCUUGAGACUUCAGAACAAGCCAAAGCUAGAGGAGCCUCUUCCGUUAUUCAAAGAAAACUCGUUCAUGUAUCCACUCCAUCAACUGUAACUGAUGGCAGUGUGGGGCCGGAUGCUGUGCACCUUCUUGCAAUUAAAGAGGGAAACGGCAGGAUGGAGAAUGGCUCUAUCAUAUAUGCUUUUGCUUUUCUAGAUUAUGCAGCUUUGAAGGUUUGGGUGGGCUCUUUAUGUGAUGAUGCUUCUUGUGCUGCUUUGGGAGCUUUGGUGAUGCAGGUUUCUCCCAGGGAGAUCAUUUACGAAUGUGAAGGGCUCUCCAAAGAAACACUCAAGGCACUGACGAAGUAUGCUUCUGCAGGUUCCACUAGGACACAGCUAACACCAGUGACGCUGGGGCCAGAAUUCUUGGAUGCCUCUUCAGUUAGGAAGUCUAUACAUUCCAAAGGAUUUUUUAAGGGUUCUUCAAAACCCUGGUCUUCAGCAUUUGAUUUUACAGCUGACCCAGAUCUCGUCUUAUGUGCUCUUGGUGGGCUUCUUGGUCACAUGUGCAGGAUGAUGCUGGGUGAUGCAUUACGUAAUGGGGAAAUUUUAUCCUAUCAUGUGUAUAAAAGUUGCCUUAGGAUGGAUGGACAAACUCUUGUUAAUCUUGAAAUCUUUGGAAAUAAUGCUGAUGGUGGUCCAUCCGGGACAUUGUUCAAGUAUCUAGAUCACUGCACCACAUCAUCUGGCAAGAGGCUACUGAAAAGGUGGAUUUGUCAUCCUCUUAAAGACAUUGAAGACAUCAAUGACAGACUUAAUGUUGUCGAGGGCUUGAUAAAGAAUUCAGGCAUAAGCUCUAUCAUUUCUGAGUAUUUGCGCAGGCUUCCAGAUAUUGAAAGACUGUUAGGCCGUGUCAAGGCUAGUAUAGGCGCAUCUUCUACACUUUUGUUGCCUUUCAUAGGAGAAAAACUAUUGAAACAACAGAUCAAAACAUUCGGUUCUCUUAUCCGUGGCCUCCGAGUGGGCAUAGAUUUGCUGUUAAUCUUACAGAGAGAGGAUCAUGGAAUCUUAUCUCUACCCAAAUUUGCAAGCGUUCCAACUUUAAAUGAGCUUGAUGAUCUACUAAAUCAAUUUGAAGCAGCAAUGGAAGAUGACUUCCCUAAUUACCAGGACCAUAACAUAAAAGAAUCAGAUGUCAAAACACUAGCUGUUCUUGUUGAGCUUUUCUCAGUCAGAGUGACUGACUGGUCUCAAGUCAUUCAUGCACUCAAUUGUGUUGAUGUUCUACAAUCAUUUGCAACAAUUGCUACUGUUUCAUGUGGGACUACCUGCAGACCUAUUUUUCAUCCAACUAAAACCAGCUCAAAGGCUUCAUCAAACCGAGGAGGUGAUGGAGGAGAAGGUUCUCCAGUGCUACAUAUGAAGGGACUAUGGCACCCUUAUGCUAUUGGAGAGAAUGGUAACAGUACUGUUCCCAAUGAUGUAUGCCUGGGUGAGGACAAAGACUCUGGGACUUCCUAUCCUUGUUCAUUGUUGUUAACAGGACCAAAUAUGGGUGGAAAAUCAACACUAUUACGCGCCACAUGUCUGGCGGUAAUACUUGCCCAGCUUGGUUGUUAUGUACCUUGUGAAACUUGUGUGCUCUCACCUGCUGAUAUUAUCUUUACGCGACUUGGGGCAACUGAUCGAAUCAUGUCAGGCGAGAGUACCUUUUUUGUUGAAUGUUCUGAAACUGCAUCCGUUCUUCAAAAUGCCACUUGUGACUCUAUUGUGCUACUUGACGAACUUGGUAGGGGAACAAGCACCUUUGAUGGAUAUGCAAUUGCCUAUGCUGUCUUCCGGCAUCUAGUGGAGAAGGUAGGCUGCCGUUUGCUUUUCGCCACCCACUACCAUCCACUGACGAAAGAGUUUGCUUGUCAUCCUCGUGUGAACCUACAGCACAUGGCCUGUAUGUUAAAUAUGAAGCCAAACUCCAAUGAUGGACAGGAAAAGAACCUGGUUUUUCUUUACCGACUAGCGUCAGGGGCUUGUCCUGAGAGCUAUGGCUUGCAAGUUGCUCUUAUGGCAGGCGUUUCCAGGCCAAUUGUUGAUGCUGCUUCUGAGGCUGCACAAAGGAUGAAAAUAAUCAUAAGCAAAAAUUUCAAAUCCAGUGAGGGGAGAUGUAAGUUCUCCAGCCUCCAUGAAGGAUGGAUGAAGACUCUGUUGGCUCUUUCAAAGACUACUAGUAGUGGCAGUGCUAGUAGUGAUGGCUGUUGGGAUGAGGAUGCCUCUGAUACCUUACUCUGUUUAUGGCUUGAACUCAAGAAUUUCUACUCUAAACGACCCAGAGUGCAUGUUGCCAUGUAAAACCCCCCUAACUCAACCACUGCAUCUCUCUAAGGGGUCUUUUUUUUUAAAAAAAAAGAAAAGAAAAAUGUACAGAAGAUUUUUACCUGAGAAUCAACCCAUUAUCAUCUGCUUUUUUUUGCAGAUUUUGAUCUAAACCCAAAGUAAGAAUAUUGGAUGUUACUGAUUGGUUGAUUUUAUUUAUGUAAAUAACCUCUGAUUUCCUUUUAAUCAUCUAUGUUUUUCCUGCACGUUGAUUACACAUGCAAGUAUUUCUCCAAUAGUAAUUUUAUAAAACCUUGAAAUAAUUGAUAAAAUAUGAGGUAAAUAAAAUUUUUAUAAGUCAUUACUUUCUCAAUAGGAGAACGAUAGUUCUAUAACUCAAGUGAGACUAAAGGACCAAAAAUCAACUUCUUUUAACAACAUUGGUUAAAGGUAGUGGUUUAUUCACAUUCAUAA